GUAAAUUCUUCUUUAAAAAAAUAUCAUAUUCAACAUUCAAAUGAUCUUGUAUAGUUUCAAUGGAUGGAACACAUAGUUGAAAGUUUAUUUUACUCUAUGGAAUAAUACUACUUAUAUGAUUACUUUACACAUGAUUAGAUGGUAUCAAGAAUGUUACCGAAAUUAAUGGCUUUUUCUUCCAUUUGGAAUUAUAUUACUCCAUUCUCUUCUAAAAUAAAUAAAUAAGGGAAUAAUGGAUGCUCUAUAUCCGAAUUUUUAUUCACUGGCAUCAGUUACCUCAGAACCAUUAGAUCCACGUGUACGUCGUCGUUCACUUAUAUGGGGUAUUAAUAAUACAACGAUAACAACAACAACAACAAUAACGACUACUGCUCCUAUCAACACUAUAAAUACUACUAAUAACGAUACUACUAUGAUUACUUCUAGUAAUAGUAAUAAUAGUGUCAAUGAUAUUACUAUUAGUAGUAACGUUAUAUUACCUAAAACAUUUAAUGAUAAUAUUGUUAUUGUCCCAACAAAUAUUCCAAAUUAUGAUUGUUCACAAAAUGUUCAAUCAAAAAACAAUACCGGAUUAAUGAUUCGUCGACGUAGUGUAAGUUCUAAUCCAUUCAAUCGUAAUUCAUCAUUAUUAUUAUUAUGUAAUACUAAUGAUCAAUUCAUUCAUAGAAAUAAUAAUAUCAAUAAUCAAUCACCGAAUUCAACACCUCCAUCUUCACCACGACUGUUUACUGAUAGCCAUCUAUUGACAAGAAAUUCUACAUUAACAACAUUCCCUCAACCAAUAUUAUCUGACUUGUCAACAGUUUCAUUUAACAAUUCAAUAAAACAUCAAAGAAGAGAUCAUUCAAAGAUGUCAACUAUAGCCUGUAAUAAUAAUAAUAAUAGUACAUUGUCACCAUUAAGAAGUCGAAGAAUAGUUCAUCAACCUAUACAAUCAAUAACAAAUGAAAAAUUCAAUCAUCCAAUGACUUCAAUUCUAAUGAAUAGAAAUCAUGAUCAAAUGAUUCAAGACAGAUCAUAUCUUAUGAAAGAUGAAGAUUAUUCUCUUCAUCAACAAUAUAAACAAUCUUGUGAACAUCAUAAACAAAUAGAGAAUGAUCAAUUAAUCAAUAAUCACCGAAGUACCUAUUCAACUCCUGUAUAUUCAAUAAGUAGUAAUUUAAGUAUACAAUCUGCUAUCAGUUUACAAUCAUUAGAUCAAUUUAAAUCAAUUAAUCAACCGAAUCAAACCUAUUCAAUUGAGAAUCAUCUAGUUACUACUAGGGAAUGUUCAGUCACAGAGAUCAAUAAUAAUUCAUUACAAUAUUGUUAUUAUCAAGUACCUUUCAGUGAAUGUCAACAUCAAUAUUCAUCAGCUUUUCAACGAUCCGAUUCUUUUACAAAGACAUCAUCAUCAUCAUUAUUACCAACGAAAACAACAACUACAUUGCCUAUUGGUAAUGUAACAUUCAAUAGUAUAACUUCCCCAAUUCAAUCGAAUACACUACAUAAGAAUAGAAUUCGACCAAUAGAAAGAAGACGUUAUACUCAAUAUGGAAUUACUUAUCAGCAUCAUAAUGAUAAUAAUGAAUUGGAAAAUGAAAUGAUCAGAUUAAAACAGCAACAACAACAACAGUAUACUACAAUUCCACAAAUGUUGACAAGAUCUUCUCAAUUGUCUAAAACUCAUUCAAAUGCACAUGAACAAAAUGGUAUUUGUUCAACAUAUCCAUCAAUAAUUACUGAUCUACAUAUGAAUAACAAUAGGGAUUUACCAAUGUUAUCAAAUAUAAGGCGUCAAAAACCAGUCAAUAGUCGAAGGGUCUGUUUAUGAUCUAUACUAUACUAUACUAUGUAUCCUUAGUACUACUCUUACUGUUCGAUAAAAUAUGAUAAUCUAUCAUUCAUCUACAAUGUAGCUAUUAGUUUAAGUGAUUCACGAUUACAUUACACCUAGCGGUUUGAUGUUUGACAGUUAGUUUGAGAGAUUUGCCAAACACUGAUUAAUGGAAUUUAAAUACGAGUACUAAGAAUUAACCUCUCACGGAGGAGCAUAGGUCACCCACUAGCAAUCUCCAUCCAACUCUGUCCUAGAUAAUCCUUCCCAACUCUUUCCAACUGUUAUUCAUCCUUUUCAUACUUGCUUCUAUUUCCCGACAUAAUGUGUUCUUUGCCCUUCCUGUUUUCUGUUACCAUUCAGGAUUCCAAGUUAGGGUUAGCCUCAUGAUUCAGUUUAAUGAUUUCUUCAAUGUAUAUUCUAUCCACUUUCAAUGUCAUCAAAUAAUGUAGGCUAAAUAAUAUCAUUAUCG